AAAGCACUUCACAAUGUCCUCCCGUGUCUUCUUCCGUUCGUUGGCCUCAUCUGCCAAGUCUGUCAAGCCCCCAGUGCAAUUGUAUGGUAUUGACGGUACUUAUGCCAAUGCCUUGUACUCUGCCUCGGUCCAGGACUCUUCUGUAGAAGCUUCUUUCCAGUCCUUGACCAAGAUCAACAACUUGAUCCAGAGCGACUCAAAGGUAGCUGAGUUUUUGGCCAACCCAGCCGUCAACAAGGCUGACCGUGACUCUGUCGUCAAGGUCAUUGAGUCUACGUUGAAGUUGGACAAGACCACCGGUAACUUCUUGUCGGUUUUGGCCCAGAACAACAGAUUGACCAUCUUCAAGUCCAUCUACGAAAAGUUCUCGUUGUUAAACGAUGCCCACAAUGGUCUUGUUGAAGCCAAGGUAACCUCUGCUAAGCCUUUGGACUCCAAGAUCUUGAAGAGAUUGCAAACCUCUAUCAGUAAAUCCGCUUUGGUUGGUGAAGGUAAGACCUUGAAGCUUACCAACAACGUCAACCCAGAAAUCUUGGGUGGUUUGGUUGUCGAAGUUGGUGAACAAACCGUCGACUUGUCUGUCCAGUCCAAGGUCUCCAAGUUGAACCAGACCUUGAAGGAAGCUUUGUAAGCUCUUCAAGCUCACAUCAUAAAAGAACCAUCCCAUCAUCCUGUUGUAACGAAAAGGUAAUACCAAAUCCUACAGUGCUAUUUCGCUUUGAUAGGGCUCUUCCAGUUUACGACAUCAUAUGUAGCACAUUGACUAGAUAUUCGUUUCUUCUUCAUCCGUUCAGUUAAGUUAUUAUAUAUAAAGAAGUUAG